CCUCUAUAUAUACAUGUUUAAUUUGCUAGCUUUUCCAUGCACUUCUAAAAUGGCUUUUACAACUUCUUUCCUCGUCUUCGCUUGUUUCCUUCUCGUUUCCACCCAGGUGUACGCUAAUUGUCCUCCACCACAACCAUCAUCUGCUGACAUUCCUCCGGUAUAUGUCUUACCAGAAUCUCCUCUUGCUUCGCCACUAGCUCCGGCAGAUUCACCCAUCUACUUCUUUCCAGAGGCUCCGACGGCAUAUUCUCCCAGUUACUUCCCUGAUCCAGAGGCUCCGGCAUAUUCUCCUAUUUACUUCCCUCCAGAGGCUCCUGCUACUUCCCCAGUCUACCCCCCACCAGUACAAGAACCCACAACUCCCCCGGUUUACACCCCACCACAAACUCCUUCUGUACCUUACAACCACGGAUUUUGCGUGGUAGAGUGCAUGCAAAGGUGUAAAACAUUAUCAGAAUACAAAGGGAGAACAAGAGUAUGUGUGAGACUAUGCAGCCAUUGUUGUAAAGCAAACAAAAAAUGUGUUCCUGGUCCACUCACUAAAUGUUCAGCAUGGGACACCAUUGUAUACCAUGGUGUUACAGUCAAGUGCCCUUAAUUAUCUUUGUUAAAUUUGGUUCAACAAUAAAUUACAAUUACCAACUCUAAUAAUAUCAGCUCUAUGCUUAAAUUAAUUGCAUCUUUAUUUUAUUUAGUUCUGUUUUAUAAUUGUAUAAUUAGGAUUAGGAUUAAUUAAGCUUUAGGAGUAUAUACUUCUGCUUAAUAUCCUUAAUUAUAAUAAUCAUUGUAAGUCUACAUGAAGCUUGUUUUUCAGGUCAAUACACACUACGUACCCAAAAGAGGAUAAUAUUUAAUUAUGUCAAUUAAUUAAUUCUAAACUAAUGUUUCUAGUUUU